AUGGUGCGAUGCGACCGCGGGCUGCAGAUGCUGCUGACCACCGCCGGAGCCUUCGCCGCCUUCUCGCUCAUGGCCAUCGCCAUCGGCACCGACUACUGGCUCUACUCCAGCGCGCACAUCUGCAACGGCACCAACCUGACGAUGGACGACGGGCCCACGCCCCGCCGCGCCCGCGGCGACCUCACCCACUCCGGGCUGUGGCGAGUGUGCUGCAUCGAAGGGAUCUAUAAAGGGCACUGCUUCCGGAUCAAUCACUUCCCAGAGGACAACGAUUACGAUCACGACAGCUCGGAGUAUCUCCUUCGCAUUGUGCGUGCCUCCAGCGUCUUCCCCAUCCUCAGCACCAUCCUGCUCCUGCUCGGAGGGCUCUGCAUCGGCGCUGGAAGGUUCUACAGCCGCAAGAACAACAUCGUCCUCAGUGCUGGCAUCCUCUUUGUGGCUGCAGGCCUCAGUAACAUCAUAGGCAUCAUCGUCUACAUCUCCAGCAACACAGGCGACCCAAGCAACAAACGUGAUGAAGACAAAAAGAACCAUUACAGCUACGGCUGGUCUUUUUACUUUGGGGCCCUGUCCUUCAUUGUGGCUGAGACCGUGGGCGUCCUGGCUGUAAACAUUUACAUUGAGAAAAAUAAGGAGUUGAGAUUUAAGACCAAACGGGAGUUCCUUAAGGCUCCCUCCUCGUCUCCCUAUGCCAGGAUGCCAAGCUACAGGUACCGGCGACGGCGCUCGAGGUCCAGCUCGAGGUCCACCGAGGCCUCGCCCUCCAGGGCUGCGUCUCCGGUGGGCCUGAAGAUCGCCGGGGCCAUCCCCAUGGGCGAGCUGUCCAUGUACACGCUGUCCAGGGAGCCCCUCAAGGUGACCACUGCCGCUAGCUACAGCCCCGACCAGGAGGCCAGCUUCCUGCACGUGCACGACUUCUUCCAGCCGGACCUGAAGGAAGGCUUGCACGUCAGCAUGCUGAACCGACGGACGACCCCUGUGUGAGCCGCCCCCUUCUCUCGGCACCAGCCUCUCCCCAGAACAGCUGUUUGGGUCUCAUGGGAGGGCAUCUGACCCUAAGACAGACCAACAACACCCCCUGGUCUCCAGAAUGUGUCUCAGGCUGGCUUGGAGCGAACCACCGGGAGGCGGCAAAUGGGUGGUGAAAGCAGAAGCAGAAGGCUGACUUUAUCCCCAAAACAGGUUGUUUUGAUGCCCCCGGGUUCCAGAAUCUGCCAGGAGGCCCAAGUGAGCUCUCCUGAGACUGUACAGCCUUGACUGACCCAGGAAAAUGGACUUGAGCCAUUAUCUCCUCUUGGAAACAAAUCUAGCCAGAAGAAUGGGCUUUCAGGGUCUUCCCUCGCCUGGGUACUGGGCCACCUGGAGGGCUUUGCUGGGGACACGGGGACCUCUGGACACUGGUCAGCUUCUUUUAAACCUGAAGUUCCCAUGUCUGGGAGCUGGAGAAGAGGAAGCCAAAGCCGGCCCCCUUCCCCUCUGUCUCUCUCUGGCCGCGGCCUGUUGCUGACAUAUGUGUGGUCCCGAGGAGAAAGCCCUGCAGCCAGCUGGUGCUUUGGCCUUUGUGCUGUCCUGGGACCGGCUUCCUUCAACCUGCAAAGACCGGGGCCUGUGGAGGAAUCUGCAGAUGGGAAGGCCUUUGCUGGCCUGCGUGUGAGGGGAAGGCCAGAGUCUGUUGCUGGUUGGCUUAUCUACUUCUGGAAGUUUCUGCCUCACACAGAAAAGGCAGAAACACUGGCUGUACAUGAGAGCUGGGAAGAUUCCACAGGUCACUGGAAAGUUGGCCAUGUGGCCUCUUGCUGUGUCCUCCCGACUGGCCUGAGGAGCAGCUCUCUCCCUCCUAGGGGCGGGGGGCAGCCCCCAGCCCCCACUGGUGUUUGGCAGCAGGAGCCUGAACUUCUGUACAAGAAAGGGAGGCCCGAGGGUGAAUGAGGACCAAAAAAUCAGAACAAACAUCCAUUUCCGAGGUGGUUAUUAAUCACGAUUUAUUGCAAAUAAAUGCCAGGAGAGAAAAUUACAUUCAUUUCCUCACUUCAGAAAGUCACAGCACUAUCUCCCCCAACACCUGCUAUUGUAAUUUAUUCUGCCAACACCUGGAAGGGCUCGGCAGGGGAAGUCUGGGUGGAAGGGCCACGCUGUGCUUUCCCUCCUCCUCACUCGAGGGACGUCUCAGCACUGGGGACUUCGGAGGUGGUGCCGGGUCUGACAUUUGUCCAACCAUUCUCCCCCCUCCAAAGCAGAGACCGUGGAAGCAUGUCCGGGUUCAGAAGAAAACCUUUCUGGAACACGGAGCUUGCCCUCUUUUAUAUAAAACACGUGCUUUCUAAAGACAAGUCCUUUCUUACUUUUUGAGAUUUCGGAAUCCAAUCCGGAGCCGUUGUCUGUGAUCCCGGUAGCCGUCAUACUUGGACGUGACAAGCAAAUUCUUACCUCAGCCAGCUGCUCACGGACCCCUGGGCGGACCGGGCCCCUGGGAGUUAGGUCCGGGUCUCGGUCCUCACCAUCCCCCUCUGCCCCCAGAGGGGGAAUCUCCACACGUCCCGCCUCCUGCUGACCGGUGACUGAGGGGCGGCGGGCCGGGGCCCCGUCGUGCUUGCUCGAAACCCUUUCCUCCCGCCGAGGUUGGCUUUGUGUGGUGGCCUGUCCAAGCAUGUGCAGCAGCGAAUGCUGGAGUGGCAGGGCUCGUGGCCUGCCCCUGCUGUGGGCCCCCGUGCGUCCUGCCCCCACCCCGAGACCCCACCCUCUCCCUGCCGUGACACCAUCUUCCCGGGCUGGAAGGAAGGGGGGCCCACCACCCACAAGGCCCCAGGACCCUUCUGUCACUUCCAAGAGUGAGGUGGCCUUGGCAUUUCUUCCACAUAAGCCACCUCCCCACCCGCUGCCCCAGAAGUUCCCAUCACCCCCUGGAGAAAGCCGUGUUCCCAUGCAGCCUACCUCUCGCCCAGUCCCAGGCAGAGAAUGCGGGGCCCACUCUAGGGACCGAGAAAAGUAGGAAGAGGUGACAGAGGGACAGAAGAGCAGGGGGCAGAGCAACCUCAGCCGGAGCCCCCGGUCUUCACGGCUUUUCUCACCGCCACUGCCCCAGGCUCGGGGCCCUGGCCUCGGGGUGGCCGCUGCUCCUCCCCGCGCCUCGGCCAGGCUUUCCCAGGAAAAGGGGCAGAGCUGGCACCCUCCCACCCGCCACUCUGCGCCCUUGCGCCACAGGAGACGCGGUGGCCUGGGCCACCUCUUCCGCCUCCUCCAUCCCACCACCCUCUCCGACCAGCCCCCGUGUGUUCCGCCAGUUAAGCACCUGUGAAUCCUGUACCUACUACUGGUUUUGGGUUGUUAGUUUUGUCUUUUU